AAUGGCAUACGAUAUGCUCGAUGCGAUUAACAAUGGGAAGGAUUCCUGGAAAGUGAAGGGCACUAUGAUACAUGCCAAGGUAAUAAAACAUAUGGUUAACAAGUUCAGGCCAUUGAUCCAAGAAGGUUUAGUCUACAUGAUAGCAAAUUUCAAGGUUACAUCUGCCAUGAAUUUCCGUCCAGUUGAAGGCGACAAGAUUAUUAACUUCUUGCACACAACAAAAAUUCAAGAGAUUAAGGGACUUAAUAUCAGAAUAGCAGAACAAAGUUUCAUGUUUUGUAGCCACAAGAGAUGGCCAGAGGAUGUACUUAUCCGAUGUCAUUGGGGUAGCAAGUUAUAUAGGGAAUAUUGAAGAGACGGGGACAACUCAUGGGAUUUCCAAGAUUCGAGAUAUUGUACUUCGAAUUGAGGAUCAAAAAGUUAAUAUUAGACUGUGGGGCAAUAAGGUCGACCAAAUUGAUGAAGAUUCUAUGGUGUUGUCAUAGUAACAUCAACAACGGUCAGAAAACUGAAAGAGUACUCGCUGUCAUCUACAGGUGCGACCAAAGUAUAUAUCGAUUUGGAUAUCCCUGAAACAGCUGAGCUCCAAACGAGGUAUUGCUUGGAAGAUGAUAUCAUAGAGGAAACACGGCCGGAAGCCCACUUGCAAGGAACAAUUCAAGAACAAAUGCUCUAUAACAGAAAGACACUAAGAGAAAUAACUGAAAUUGCAUAUGAAUCUGAAAAACAGGAAAAGUUCUAUACUGCAGAAGCAACCAUUAAGUCAAUUGAUACAUCAGAUGAGUGGUACUACAUAGGAUGCGGCAAAUGUAACAAAAAACUACAAAAAGAAGGGAAUCACUUCUACUGUCCAAAAUGUGAGAAAGAACCUGAGAAGACAUGUCCAAGAUACAAACUUAAGCUAGAGAUAUGUGAUCAUACUGCAACAACAACUUGCACCAUGUUUGAGACAGAAGCAAAAAAACUGAUUAAGCAAUCUGCAAGAUUCUUGAUAGAUAGGGAUGACUGUGAUAUCCAUGAGCAGGCAGAAAAAUUUCAGAAAAUAUGUGGGCAGAGAUUGAUUUUUCAGUUCAGACUGAAUGACUAUAAUUUCAAGUACGGUUACCAAGAUUACACUGUUCAUAGAAUAUUUUUUAUGGACUCUGAAGAAGAUUCAUCGGUACAACACGUUAAUGUUGAACAGAACACUACGAAGGGCACUAAAAAGUCUAGGACUAGGAACACAUGUCGCGUUGUACAUUCUGAUGAAGAAUCAGAAGAGGAUAGCCAGGAGAAAGAUGAAUGCAAAUUCAAGGAAUCUAGCCCCAAAAGAAAGCGUACAAUAAGCAUUACUGAAGACGAAGAUUUCGAAAAAGAUGGAACUGAGAAUUAUUCAAAGACUAGCAUAAGGCUUACUGGUGUUGAUAAGGGAUCUAAGAAGAAAGGAAUUCAGAAUGAUAACCAUGAGCAAGUGAACAAAUUAUCACUUUCAAAAAAUAUAAAGCAAGAAUCAGAGGAUGAUGAACUCACUAUUGACCAGACUAAAAGGGGUAGGAGACGGAGCACAAGUCGUGCUGCACAUCUUGACGAUGAAUCAAAAGCUGAAGGUAGUCAGGAAAUAAACAAAUCCAAAUCUAUGGAAUCAAGCCCCAAGAGGAAGCGUGUUGUACGCAAAUGCGCCGGUGUUGAUCAGGAGCACAAUGAUUCAAGGCCUAGGACAAGGCUUAGUUGUGUCGAUAAAAAAUCACUGAGCAAAGGCAUUCAGAAGUCUGGUGUAUCAAGGACUCGAAAGACAAGCCGCUAAUCAGUGGAGAUCUGUUAAUUUAGGAUGUAGUACAAUAGAUGGGAGCAUCACAUUUGUACUUUAUAUGAACUUCGUCAUUGUUUAAGAUAUUUUUAAUAAACGUAAAGGCAUACC